UGUAAAUGUUAUUUCUUUCUUAUAACAUUUUUGUGUUGUGUACUUUGUGCAUUUGUGAAUCUUUGUCAUGUGUUUUAAAUUGAAAUGCAAUGUGUAUAAUUUAUACAUUUUCUUAUCUAAUUUAUAUUCGGAUUAAAACUUUCCCAAAAGUGUCAUAGAAACUGAACAUUAAAAGACCGUGCCUUAAAGCUGCGAGCAACAUAUCGGCUUUUCAUUCAAUGGGCAUGUUAAUGUUUUUCACAAUAAACUGUAUCGAUCAAACAAUUCAAAAAAGAUCGAAUAAUUAUUUAAGAAUUAAAUGAUUUUAGAGGGCAAAACACGCAUAUCGAUACAUCGAUUUCAUAAAAGCGUAGGAUUAUAGCUACAAUUUCAAUUGAUAAGACUCACUUGCGACAUGGAAAUAAUCAUAAUGAGAGUGUUUAAUGCUGGUGGUUGUAUUUGAAAUAUAGAUAAUCUACAUCAGUGGAAUUAACAUGCUUACAAGGAAGAUUCAAUGGAUUUCUGUGGAUAACGUUGGUGUCCAAUAUCUACUUGGAAAGUUUAUACUACAAUAUUUUAAGGGAACAAGUAUGGCGUCUGUUGUACUGUCUCCGCGCGCGGAUAUCACAGUGUGCAUAGAGCAACUACAAAAAUCCAUGGAUUAUGUCGACCAGUCGAUAGACGGGUUUAGUGAUAGUUACAAAAGUAUGGACAGAGAAGACCAUGAAAAUGUUGAACCAGUUUCUAGAUCUUCCAAAAAUUCAACUGACAUCGAAAACCUCUCGGCUCAUUCAGUGGAAAUGAAUAACGGGUUCAUAGACCGAAAUUCGUCUGAAAAGACAAACGGGCAUAGAGCACACGCGAAAAAUGCGCGUCCGAAAUCUUCUCGUUCCGGUUCAUCCCACACAAGCGAUCAACAACAAAGCAGCGCAUCGGAAAAAACGAAAACGUCGACUAAACACCAACCCAUACGUAACAACAGUUACCAUCGUAAAAAAAACUCUAAAGCCGUGAAGACUCAUCACAAUCAUAGCAUUCAGCACCAUCAGCAGCACCAUCAGCAGCACCAUCAGCAGCACCAUCAGCAGCACCAUCAGCAGCACCAUCAGCAGCAUAAAAAUCACCGCCAUGGUCAUAAUAAAAACGACGCUCACCUCAAAGACGGGAGGCAAUCGCAAGACGAAGCAGUUCCAGACGUACCGCAUUAUGAUCUUUCGUCUCUUAUGCCCAUAAUUGCUGGACAACGCCGGGAGGACGUGGAUGUCCCAAUUAUGGAGAUUCCAAACGUGGAAGUUAGAGCCGGAUCUUCUUUUGGAUUCAGCAUUAACAGCCGGCAAUCGAGUGCUUGUUCAUUUUACGGCAGGCCCAUGUCAUUUAAAUUCCUACUUGCCGGCGAGAAAAUACCGUGCACGUUCAACGACCAUGCAACUCAUGAAGAGAAAACGCAAUUUUUACUGGAAUAUAGCGAGCCGGAGAUUGGUCCUGAUUGCUUUUGCUCGUCUGCAAAUUUGCAGGAAAACACUUUUUGUGAAUGGGGUCCACCGGCCAAAGCUGUGAAAUCGAAAGGAUCUCGUCGUAAAAGAUUGUUGUUAAAACAAGGCUCGGAAAUAUCUUAUGGGCGUUACUCACGGUCGAUGGGUAAAGAUCCAGUAAUAUUUCAACACUACCAGGAUAAUUUGAAAUACAUGGAGCGCUACCGGUUUUACCAUACCGUCGGCAAUGUUGGUCGACCGGCAAUAUAUAACCAACAUGAGGAAAAGGCAAUGGACGUCGACCCAUAUUACAAUAAAAUGAAGAGCAAUUUGAGGUCCUCCCUUGAAAAUCCCGUGUUCAACUAUAUUCCGAAACAUCUCCGAGACCAGAGAAAUGGGUCUGCGUCCAGUACUGAGAGUGGACGGGAGAGGUGUGCCGACGAUGAAAGUAUGGAGACUGGCAGUAUCGAGAACCGCCACUUCUCAGUACGUGACCGCGGGAAGGCUCUUAACUUGGCCCCGGUCCGAGAAUGCACAGUGCCUAACUUGACGCAGAACGAUAAAAUGGACAUAAUGCAAAUCAACCAUUACCUGAAUCUUACAACCCCGCCGUCAUCAUGUAUGCCGUUUGACAUGGAUGACGUCCAAAACAAGCGCUUGCCAUUAAAGACGCUAGACGGCGCAUUCCCACCACAAUCGCAACGCCGCAGUGCUCGGACGUUGCGACUGGGCAGCGCCGAGUUUAUGAAGCCCGGGAGCGCAGAACAAGAAGCGAAAUGGAAGCAGGAUAAACGGGAACAGAUCAGGCGAUCCAACUCGUCUGCUCCAAAUACUGUCCCCGGAAAUCUCAUCGUCGGUAGCACUGCGCCGACACCGAUAGGGAAAAGUAAAAGCGGGAAAAACUCAUCCUAUAUUCAGCAUCAAAAAGACCAUCAGACCUCAUUGAAUUCUUUGACCAAACCACAAUCCCCUCCGCAGCAUAUCUCAGGUAGGAAAUUUGUUCCGUGUGAAAGGGUCAACGAAGUGUCGUCUGCACCGAAAGAACGCGGCGGAAAAUUCGGAUACACGCACGCGGCAAAGAACGAAAUUCCUAAAACAUUAGUUCGAACGGCGUCCAUAAUAGACUUCAAGGAUCCCUUUUAUAUACCUGUUCGUGAAAGGGUGAAGGCAAUAACGCUUGAUGUAAAUCAUUUAGGAAUUCGUGGAACUACUUUUACACAAAGCUCGGAUAUUACUCUCUACAAAGCCAGGCGACACAGUUCGUUUGUUAUGUUGCGUUUGAAAGACCUUUAAAGGCUGUGAAGCAUCCAAUUAUCGUGUUUUCUGAUUCUAAGUUUGUUGUGUUAUCAUACGGAUAAUAAUUAAUAUAUUCGUAACUUCGUCAUUAACACAAGUGACGUUACAAAUAUGUCGAUUAUUUUCUUGCUUUAAGUCCAUUGUUAUAUCGAUUUCCCGCACUAAAAUAUCCAUUUUGAUGAAAGUGCAUAUUCUCAAAUUACAAAAUGUAUGUGAAUUUUAGUCUUGUUCAA